AUGGCAUGGAUUCGGGUGGUGCAGGCUGCAGCGUACAAGGAGGAGUUGAGAGCGCUCGCGCGGGGAGCGUCAAUGCCGAGCAAAAACAAUCUUAUCAAACUCACUCCGUUUACAGAUCUCCUAGGCAUCCUGAGGGUUGGCGGGCGGAUCAAGCACGCCCUCCUAUCAUAUGACGAGAGGCACCCGAUGAUCCUGCCCAGAUCAUCUCACUUCACGCAGCUCAUCGUCGAGGCGUGUCACCGGCGAACUAUGCACGGAGGCGUGCAGCUCACCCUCGGGUCCAUUAGGCAGAACUACUGGAUCCCUCAAGGCCGUCAAUUGGUGAAGGCCACCAUCCAGCGGUGCGUCACCUGUGUCCACUGGCGGGCGGCCACGCAACAGCAGCUCAUGGGAGACCUGCCACGGCUCCGCGUCACUCCUGCAAGGCCAUUCCUGCGCACCGGCGAAGACUACGCCGGCCCCAUCCAGCUGCGCACGACGAAGAGUCGCGGACACCGCUCGUACAAGGCCUUUGUCGCGAUCUUUGUGUGCCUUAGCACGAAGGCCGUGCACCUCGAGGUCGUGUCGGACUACUCGGCCGACGCCUUCCUAGCCGCCUUGAAGAGAUUUAUAGCGCGGCGCGGGCUGUGUCGCAGUCUCCAUAGUGACUGCGGCACGAACGUUGUCGGAGCCGACGCGCAGCUGCGAGCCUUCUUCGCCGCAAGCAACCCUGCACAGCACCAAAUCGCCGAUCAGCUGGGCACCGACCGCAUCGACUGGGACUUCAACCCGCCCUCAGCACCUCACUUUGGCGGCCUGUGGGAAGCGCCAGUGAAGUCGCACAAGCACCACCUCCGGAGGGUGCUAGGAGAAUCAACGCUCACCUACAAAGAGAUGAGCACCCUCCUCACGCAAAUUGAAGCCUGCAUGAACUCAAGGCCGCUACAAGCACUGACGGACGAUCCGUACGACGUGGCGGCCUUGACUCCAGGACACUUCCUCGUGGGAGCGGCCCUCAAAGCUAUCCCAGAGCCGCAUCUCCUGGACUCCAAUCGGCCGACUCUCGCGCUGGCAGCUCAUCCAAAAAAUGCGCGAUCAUUUCUGGAGCAGGUGGUCACAGGAGUACCUCCACUCGCUCUCCCAGCGGCCCAAAUGGUGGGCCUCCAACUGCGAAGUCCGCGUCGGGCGACUCUGUCUUAUCCGGAGUGA